GUAGGCAGUUUGCAAGGGGGUCGUUAAAUUCAUGUUUAUAUUCCGUGUGUCCAUUGUGUGUGAUUUAUUAUACAAAGUAACCACUCAUGUUUGCGUGAAAUCAAAGUUCAAAAUCCCAGAAUAAAAGCUUUGCAAGUCACUGAAAAAAUUCGUAAUCCGGUUUCAUUCUGGAAUAUGUCGAAUUUUCAAAAUCGUUGGAUUUUUGAGUUAAAAUGUGGAUAUUUUAUAAUGACUGAUUGAUAGAAAAAUUCGGCUACUUGAUGUAAUCACAUACACCCUUCAACAAUGUCAUGGCCGUAGCCUCUUCGAGUUCUUUUAGUCUAACAAAUUAUUCAAGAUUUCGGGAUACAGCGAGAAGAUAUUUAAUCGAAAUGACCCUCAAAAACACCGUCUACACGCCAAUUUCAACAGAAUACGUUGGGUCAAUGCUAUCUAAUAGUUCUAACCCAGAUGGCUUGUCUGAGAUUCCGUUAGUCAUUUCGUCACUUAACGAUUGGGAAAAAGAACUUAUUAGCUACUAUAUAGUAGGUGUAUCAAUGAUAAGUGUUUGCUGCAUUGGCCUCGUUGGAAACUUCUUAUCUCUAAUUGUAUUGACAAGGCGAGCCAUCGGGGCUUCAACCACCAACACAUACCUCAUCUCCUUAGCAAUAGCCGACAUGUUUGUGCUUAUUGCGACGAUACUAACCGCCGUUAAAGAUUCCCGAAAACCUGUAGCCGGUAGAAUGUCCUGGUUAGUUUGGCAGGAUGCACCUAUUGUUCCACGAGCCUACCCAUUCUGUCAUGCCACAGCGAUAUUGUUUCAAGUCACAUCUGUAUGGUUAACAGUUGCGUUUGCUGCAGAUCGCUAUCUAAUGAUAUGCCACCCGUUCUGGGCCAAACGAUGGUGUACUUUGAAACUUGCCAAAAUUAUAAUUAUUUUAAUUUAUUUAUUCAGUGUAAUUUAUGGAAUCCCACGUUAUUUUGAAUAUAAAGUUUUUGAAAUGUAUCUACCACUAAAUCCUACCUUAUUAGAGUUCCAAUACGGUGAUCUCACACCUAGUAGUUUAUCUGUACAGAAUUUAUCAACUUUUACAUCUGUAAUUUCCGAUAACGGUAUGAUUGGUGAUAGUUUUACCAGUGAUUCGAUGACUAGCAUCUCAAUAGUUUGGUAUCAGUUAACCAGUUUCGGUGAAUCAGCUCAAUUUCGUAAAGCUUAUCAUCUAUGGUCAUGGGUUUUAUUAGUUGUUGGGAUACCAUUCACUCUGAUUGCUAUCAUGAAUACAUUUCUUAUUUUGGAAGUACGUAAAUCAAGUCGAAAGUGUGUUGAUCAAACCAAACGAUCAGAAUAUCGACGACAAGAUACAAACAUUAUGCUUAUCGGAGUAAUAAUUAUAUUUUUUAUAUGCCAACUUCCAGCUGCUGUGAGUCAUAUAGCCUGGGGCCUUAUCACAAUAGAAUCUAGUAAAAAAAUGUCAUGGUUUCUUUUAAAUGAAAUCGGAAAUUUACUGAUCAUUGUCAAUUCAGCGAUAAAUCUUCUACCUUACUACAUAUUCAGCCGCAGAUUCCGUCGACAUUUUGUCCGAACAUUUUGGCCUUAUCGAUGUGUUCGAGAUAACGGAUUACAUUGCAUCUACAUUCCGGAAUGGGCUACAAGAUCUUUGAACAAUAAUGAUGAUGAAGACUCUGAAUUGGCUGGAACAGCAACACAAUAUGGCUAUAAUCCUAGAACGAAUUUAAGAAAUUAUUCAAACUAUCGUUUAAGUAUUUAUCGUAAUAAUAGUUCCAGUUCUCGUUCGAGGCCUAGUCUUCCAUCAAAUAUUAGAGCAAGCUGUGAAUCACAAAAACUUUUUUCUCACAUAUUCAGACCUAUAUUUCAUAUGAGACGAAAACGAACCAAAGCCUCAAGUAUAUCCUCUGAAUUAAAACCAAUACCUGUAGAUAAAGGAUUAUCAAAAAAGGUACUACUUAAUGAUUGUAAAAUAAUUGAUGAUAUUAAAUCGAACAGUCAUAACUUGUUGGGAGACAUUACUUGUUCCAAUAAUACUAACAAUAAAAAUUUAAAAUCUUCUAGUUCAUAUACACUACCUUAUCGUGGAUCUAAUUCAUCUCAUUCUUCUGUAAGCUUUCUAGUUCUUACAGAUAACAAUUUAAAUGAUAAGCAUUUAAAGUUAAUACAGAAGAAAAAGUCUAUCAGUGAUUUUAGAUUCGAUAAAACUAGACAAUGUGAUCAUAAAAUUGAUAUGGAUUACGAGACAAAAUCCAAAACUUGUACAACUAAUAUCAAUAGUAAUAACACUAAUAACACAAAUGUAGAUAAAAAUAAAAAUAUUCCCAUCAAAAGUAGUUAUAAUAAUAAUAAUAAUAAUCUUAAAAAAUCCUCUUUAAUCUACCUUCAAAGUUUAGAAGAAAUGUCAAGUAAUCCAGAUAUAGAAAAUUUAUAAACUGAAUCCAAGUGUUUAGUUCUUUAUUGUUUUUUUCUUUUUCUUUUUUUCAAUUUUAUAUCACUCUUUCUACAACAAAAUGAUACACAGAAAUUAUUUCAUGUAUAGUAAAAAAACUAUUAAUGAAAUUACUUUUAUGGUAAUUUUUCAAUUAUUUAGGUAUAUUAAUAUGACUUAUUGUUACUGUGAUUGUUCUAUUCAAUUUUUCUGUUUCUUCUUUCUUUUUUUUAUUUAUAUUUUAUUAUUAAAAAAUCUGUGAUUAUCCAUUAACUAAACAUGAAUCCAAUAAUCGAUUAGUUUCCUUAUUCUCCUUUUCCUUUAUUAUUAUUAUUAUUCUUUUUUUCUGAUUUAAUCAUGAGAUAAGUUUCAAAUGUAAUAACUAAAUGAAGAAGAGAUAUAUUGACAUCAGUAUUUUCCUCUUAAUGAAUGUUUAUUAAAAUAUACAAUACAAAAUUGACAAUUGAACAAUUAAAAUGAUGAAUAUGAGUGAAUAAAAUAUUUUUCAAUAAUAAUAAUGUUAUCAACAUUAUUAUUGUUUGUAUAAAAACGAGAGAAAAAAAAAGAAGAGAAGGGAAUAGUAAUACAUAUCAGCAAGAAUUGUA